UGCCGCGCCUCUAUGGCGGGGUCGCGCCGUGCGGGCGCGGGGCGGCAUGAGCGCGGGCUGCGGCGGCGGCGGCGGCGGGGUCUCGGGGGUCGCGGCGCGCUCCCGGGACGGCAGCCCUGGCGGGGACGGCUUUGCCCCGUCGGCGCUGGGGACCCGAGAGCACUGGGAUUCUGUCUAUGAGCGAGAGCUGGAGACCUUCCAAGAGUAUGGAGACUGCGGAGAAAUCUGGUUUGGAGAAGAGAGUAUGCAGCGACUAAUAAGGUGGAUGCAAAAAGCCAAGAUUCCGUUGGACGCUGCAGUGCUUGAUAUUGGAACUGGAAACGGUGUUUUCCUGGUGGAACUUGCAAAAUGUGGUUUCUCUAAUAUCACUGGAAUUGAUUACUCCCCAUCUGCAAUACGACUGUCUGGAAGUAUCAUAGAGAAAGAAGGGUUAGCGAACAUUACAUUGAAGGUGGAAGACUUUUUGAAUCUGCCCACAAACCUGUCCGGAUUUCAUGUUUGUAUCGACAAAGGGACUUUCGAUGCCAUCAGCCUUAGCCCCGACAACGCGGCGGAGAAGAGGCAACAGUAUGUGAGGGCCCUGGGCCGGGCCCUGGCCGGGGGAGGUUUCUUCCUGGUCACCUCCUGCAACUGGACCAGGGAGGAGUUGCUGAAUGAAUUCGGUCAAGGAUUUGAACUUUUUGAACAGCUGCCGACGCCCAAGUUCAGUUUUGGAGGCCGAUCUGGGAGCAGCGUGACGGCCUUGGUGUUCCGGAAGACGUGACGAGCCCGGCGUGGCAACGCAGUGAGCCCGCAGCCGUGGCACGGGCAGGUGCCACAGAGUUAGUGAGUCCCAGGAGACACCUGUCACAUCGAUACGAGGGCUUGGUUUAAAAAAAAAAAAAAAGCAAAACAGCAAUAA